AUGCUGCUGCUCUCGUUAGUAAUGGGCGCCCUAGCGCUGGUGGCGCAUGCGCAGAACGCCACCUUCCCAGACGACUUCCUCUUCGCCGUGUCGUCUGCAGCCUAUGAAAUAGAAGGAGGCUGGGACGCAGAUGGCAAAGGAGUGAGCAUCUGGGACACCUUGACGCACGACAGCUCGCAGUACAUUAAUGACGGAUCCAACGGCGACGUAGCGAGCGACUCCUAUCACAAGUAUGAGGAGGACGUGCAGCUGGUCAGAGCUUUAGGGGUGGACAUAUAUAGAUUCUCCAUCUCUUGGGCUAGAGUUCUUCCCGUGGGUGAUGUCAGCCAAAUUAAUCAAGCCGGAGUGGAUUACUACAACAACCUUAUCGAUCUGUUGAUUGCAAAUGGCAUUCAGCCUAUGGUGACCAUGUACCACUACGACCUGCCGCAGCCGCUGCAGCUCCUGGGCGGCUGGACGAACCCCGUGGUGGCACAGUACUUCCGGGAGUACGCUCGCUUCCUCUUCCAGGCGUUUGGAGACAGGGUGAAGUGGUGGGUGACGUUCAACGAGCCGACGACGAUCGCAUUCGGCUACAGCUCCACGGACACCAACGCACCCGCCAUCGGCGCCCACGGCUUCGGCGACUACACGGCGGCCCACUGCAUUCUGCGUGCGCAUGCCAUGGCCUACAGGCUCUACGACCAGCAGUUCAGGGCCGCCCAAGGAGGAUACGUCAGUAUUGCUCUGAACUCAAACUUCUAUGUACCAGCCACCAAUUCCACUGAAGACUCAGAAGCGGCGGAAAGGGCCUUACAAUUUUUCCUGGGUUGGUUUGCUCACCCAAUCUACACGGAGGAGGGCGGAUAUCCCCUGGUGAUGCAAGGACGCAUCUGGGAGGACUGCAUCAACGACAACAUCUGGAUCUCGCGGCUACCCGAGUUCAGCGCCCAGGAACUUGUCGACCUCAGAGGUAAUGUAAACAGGAAAAAUGGUAUGGUAUUUAUUGACCUGAGAUGUGUUGACCUCUAUGGAGCUGCAGACUUCUUUGCCCUGAACCAUUUCACGACGCAACUGGCAUCGAACGGUCAGCAAGCUGACUUCCACCCGUCGCACGACUGGGACACGGGCGCCAUCUUGUCUUUUGACGACAGUUGGGCGGCCACCGCCGACGACAAAAUAAAGGUCGUUCCGUGGGGCUUGCGCAGCCUGCUGAACUGGAUCAACAACGAAUACGACGUCAGAGGAGGGAUCUUUGUAACAGGGAACGGUUUUCCAGACGCAGGAGAGCUAGAGGACAGUGGCCGGCAGGAGUACUACAGGGCUUACCUGACGGAGAUACUGAAUGCCAUUCAUGAAGAUGGUAUCAACGUGAUUGGUUACACGGGAUGGAGCCUGCUUGACGGUUUCGAAUGGAUUAGGGGAUACACGGUGAAAUAUGGCUUUUAUCAAGUGGAUUUCAGUGAUCAGAAUAGGACCCGAACACCGAAGCCAUCAGCAACCAUGUUUCAAGAGAUCGUAGCGACACGACAGCUUCCUAACCGCGCUGCAAAGCCAACUUUCACGUAG